AUGCUCGCACCAAACCUUUUUAAGUUCUCUCUUUUCAGCCUAAUCGUUGCUCUGGCACUUUCAGAUGAAGCAGAAGACUUAGCAUUGCAGGAAUCGUUUAAACAAUUAGAAGGUGAUUUAGCCACGGUCAGAGACUACUGUUUUAAAGAACAUUCAGUGUGUGUCACUGAUUUGAAAAAUUACGACAACGCUGAUGAUGUUCCCGAAAAGGAUUUGUGCUUCUACAAGUGUUUCUACGAACAAAUUGGUUUCAUAGAUGAUGGGAAAAUCGUUCUGGAUGAUCUCAGAGUUAUUCCUGAAGUGAAAGAUUUGGAGGAUGAGAAGUACGAGGAGUUGAGUAAAUGUCUGGGUGAAUUGGACAACAUUGUUGAGUGCAAUGAUCUGAGACAGAUUGAGGAGUGUUUCAAUGAAAUCAUGCAGUAAAAACGUUUGGUAGCUUAAUUGCUUGCUUGUAGUAAAUAAAAAUUGGUUAAUUAAGGUGCAAUGUAAA